AGUGGACUCUAUCGUCAAUCAUAACUGGUUGUCGUCAUUUGCUUGUCUCGUCUCUUCAGCGUCGCACAAAGAGAGGAAGAUUUUGGUCUAGGAAGUAUCAGUCUCUGAAUUACGCAUACGAAAAGCAACAGAUGAACACACGAGCAUAAUAAUUCCUAUCGCUUAUCAGGUUCGCACAAAGCAUCGCGUAACACGAUGGAAGUAUUGAUGCAUGAAGCGAGUAGUCAGAGACAGGAAGAAGAGACAACAAAUGCGCCGGUUCGUGCCGUCGAUUCCAAAUGCGCGUUCAAAGAAGAAGCACAAGAAAACGUUGUAUGUAACGAGGUUAAGGAAUCGAUCGAUAUUAUCUUCGAGGAUGUUACGUACACCGUGAGGCUCGGUUGUAGAAAAAAAGAAAAAGAAAUCUUGCAUAAAAUCAACGGGAGGCUUCCCAGUAAACAAUUGAUUGCCUUGAUGGGACCGUCCGGUGCUGGAAAGUCGACGUUGCUUAAUGUCUUGUCUGGAUUUCGCGAGACCGGAGUAAAUGGCUCCAUACUUAUUAAUGGCCGUAAUCGAUGUCUUAAUAACUUUCGGAAAUGUAGCGCGUACAUUACACAAGACGAUCGACUCGAAUCCUUGCUUACUGUGAUCGAAAGUAUGAGAAUCGCCACGGAUUUAAAACUGCCAUCGAACACGCCGCCACACGAAAAAGAAAUGAUCAUAGAAAAUAUUCUUUCGACACUCGGCUUGUACGAACACAUGCACACACGAUCCGGCAAAUUAAGUGGCGGUCAAAAAAAAAGAUUGUCUAUCGCAUUGGAAUUAGUUAAUAAUCCUACGGUGAUGUUUCUUGACGAGCCUACCACCGGACUGGAUAGUUCAUCUUGUAUGCAAGUCGUAAAAUUGCUAAAACUAUUGGCGCGACAAGGGAGAACCAUAAUUUGUACUAUACAUCAGCCUAGCGCGACCUUGUUUCAACAAUUUGACGAGGUAUACGUCUUAGCAAACGGAGAAUGUCUGUAUCAAGGAGCAACAAGUAAAUUAUUACCAUAUUUGGAAACCUUGAAAAUACCGUGUCCCAUGUAUCAUAAUCCCGCAGAUUACAUAAUUGAACUUGCUUGUGGAGAGUAUGGCGAAGAUAAAGUCAACAUGUUGAUAAAUGGAUCGCAAAACGGAAGAAAUUUACGGUGGUUCGAAAAUCCAGAAACUCUGAUGGAUGCAAAAAGUUUAAGAGCGGCGAACCCUUUAAAGAAGACGGAUAGUUUACAAAAUAACAGUGACUUACAUGCAAUAAAUCUCGCUUAUCAAAUUAAAAUUCUGUUGAGAAGAAACUAUAUAAUAGCCAAACGAGAUACGACCAUGACACAUUUGCGCAUCGCAGUUAACAUAUCCGUUGCUUUUUUGCUCGGACUUGUUUUUCAAAACUCUGGCGUUGAUGGGUCGCGCGUAUUGGACAACUACAAUCUUCUUUUCUCUAUCCUCAUACAUCAUAUGAUGUCGUCAAUGAUGCUCACUAUUGUGACUUUUCCAACACAAAUGUCGAUCCUUCUGAAGGAAAAUUUCAAUAGGUGGUACAGCUUGAAAGCAUUCUAUAUAGCGAUAACCGUGAUCGACAUACCAAUCUCCAUAGUAUGCUGCGUGCUGUUUUCCUUAAUUGUUUAUUUCAUGUCGGGGCAACCAUUAGAGAUUGCGCGAUUCUCAAUGUUUUUAUCAAUUAGCAUGUUAACUAUAUUAUUAGGGCAAGGUACUGGUCUCACGAUUGGUGCUAUAUGUAAUGUUGUAAAUGGCACCUUUUCGGGACCAACUGUGGCAAUACCUUUAAUGAUGUUCGCUGGAUUUGGUGUCUCCUUACGCGAUCUUCCAAGUUACUUAAAAUGGGGUACCUAUGUCAGCUACUUACGGUAUGGUUUAGAAGGUUACAUCGGAGCCAUUUAUGGACUAGACAGGCCUGUUCUAGAUUGUAAGGAGAAGACCGAGCUAUACUGCCAUUAUAGAUAUCCAUCUAAAUUUUUGUCAGACAUUGCCAUGCAGGGGGAUCAAUUCUGGAAUGACAUUAUUGCGCUCGCUGUGAUUCUAAUCAUUAUACGAUGUGGUGCGUAUAUAUGUUUACGGUGGAAGAUUAUGUCAUAUCGAUAAAACACGAGAUAAAUAAAACUUCGUGUCUACACAUACAUGUUUAAGUAAAUGGGCUUUUGAUGUUGAAGUUACUUACUUUAGUUUUCUAUAAGGCACUUUUUAUAAGGAGCUUAAUAUAAUAUAUAUAUAUAUAUAUAUAUAUAUAUAUAUAUAUAUAUAUCUUUUUUUACGAUUUUGAAUAAAUUUUCUUGAUGUCAUGGUAGUCACACGAAUAAGACUAUGUAUGAAUGUGACGGGUGUGUAUAGAUAUUAUAUAUAUCCUUAUUUAUAUAUUGAAGAAUGUCAGAAGAAUACAUAUACAAAUCAGCGUUAUUAAUGAACAUGCGAUAUGAUUGUAUUUAAUUUUUAUGCGCUACAUAUAUAUAAAGAAAGAAUUCAAUUAGUAACGUAAUAACGUUACGUAAUAUCAAUGCAAUAAAAAUAGAUAUAUUUCAUCAGACAAAUUUCAUCCUUAAAUAGACUUACAUAUCCAAUAUAAUUUGUGUCUUUCAUAAUCUGACUAAUGAUUUUAAUUAAUUCAUUCAUUUGUGAUAGGACUUAAAUAUGUCAAAGGAAGCGAUAUGAAAUGCGUCAGAAAGCGAUAUAAAUUGUGAUUAAAGUUAUCUGUGCUAUAUCAGUAAGCGUUACGUCAAUAACAUGACAUACAUAAUAAAUUAUGUUUCAAGAAUAUUUUUCAUUAAUAACGAUAACAAUAAAUUAUUACACA